AUGUCAGAUCCAUACGAACGUGCAAAAGGAGGUAGGUUAUCCUUCAAAGGAGGAACCCUAGCAACUAGGCAAAAAUCCAUUGACAAAAAGCGAAAGAAAAAGAAGAACAAAAUCGAAAACCCUAACCCUAACAUUGAAGAAGAAACCUUAGUAGAAGGAGAAAAAAAUGAAACCGUUGAAGGAUCUGAGUCGUCGGAGUACACAAUUGACGCGGCGAAGAAAAUGAAGUACGAUCAACUUUUUCCGGUUGAGGCGAAGAAAUUCGGUUAUGAACCGAAGAGUAAGGCCAAAUCGAUCGAAGAAGCGCUUGAUGAUCGGGUCAAGAAGAAAGCUGAUCGUUACUGUAAAUGA